AUGGUGGAAUGGUCCUUUUUGGAGGCGGUCGGGGCGUCCGGAGGUUUGUUAACUAUGUGGAAGAAGGACCUUUUCAAUCUGGUCUUUAGUUUUAAAGGGCAAGGUUACCUUGGCCUUUGUGUGGAGAAGAACGGAAAGUUGAUUUAUUUUGUCAAUGUUUACGCUUCGUGUGAUAUUAAUCGUAGAAUGGAAUCCUGGAAGAGAUUGAUAGAGUUCAAGAUGAAAAAUGAGAAGGGAGCUUGGUGCAUAGGAGGUGACUUCAACUCUAUUUCAUCUUUGGAGGAAAUAGUUGGUAAAUCAGGAAGGAACUAUAGAAGGGAGAUGUCGGAGUUCAAUGCCUUUAUAGAAGAAAUGGAUUUGGUGGAUCUUCCAACAAUUGGAGGAAAAUUCACUUGGUUCAAUAGUAACGGUAAAGCCAUGAGCCGGAUCGAUAGAUUCCUCCUUUCGGAAGACUUUAUUGAUGAUUGGAAGGUGGAAGGCCAAUUCAUUGGUGAAAGAGAUGUUUCGGAUCACGCUUUGAUUUGGUUGAAAGAUAAGAGUCGAAAUUGGGGCCCAAAACCCUUUAGAUUCAUCAACUCAUGGUUUGAUCAUGUAGAUUCUAACUCAUUUGUUAAAAAGGAGUGGAACAUCAUUGACAUAAAAGGGAGAGGUGAUUUUUGCUUGGUAGAGAAGUUGAGAAUUCUAAAGAAGAGACUUGCUUGGUGGAACAAGGAGAUUUAUGGGUGGACUGACCUUAACUUAGAGAAGGUCGGGGAACGCUACUAA